UUUCCCCCUUUUUUUUCCGCGCGAGAGAAAUCUUCUCCCAACUUUCUCAGGAAAAACUACGUGACAAUAUUUGUCCACCUGAUCUUGCCUCUGAAUCCCAAUUGGAGAGUCAUGGAAGGAGAUGAUCACCUUGCCGACGAGAGGAACAAGGCCGAGUUCGACGUCGACGACAUGAAGAUCGUCUGGGCCGGUUCUCGCCACGCUUUCGAGAUUUCCGAUCGCAUAUCCAGCCUCGUCGCCAGCGAUUCGUUCUUUCGCAAGGACCAUAGAGGUGUGUUGAGUAGGAAAGAGCUGUUUAAGAACACAUUGAAGAAAGCUGCUCAUGCGUGGAAGAGGAUCAACGAGCUUCGUCUCUCCGAGGAAGAUGCCAGUAGACUGAGGUUUUUCAUGGAUGAGCCCUCUUUUGUUGAUCUACAUUGGGGAAUGUUUGUGCCAGCAAUCAAGGGUCAAGGCACUGAGGAGCAACAGAAGAAGUGGUUAACAAUGGCAAAUAGGAUGGAGAUUAUAGGGUGUUAUGCGCAAACUGAGCUGGGCCACGGCUCGAACGUUCAAGGCUUGGAGACAACUGCCACUUUCGAUCCAAAGUCAGAUGAGUUUGUCAUACACAGUCCGACUCUAACUUCUGCCAAAUGGUGGCCUGGUGGGCUCGGGAAAGUUUCAACCCACGCUGUUGUGUAUGCUCGUCUCAUAACCGAUGGUGAAGACUAUGGUAUCCAUGGAUUCAUUGUGCAACUGCGCAGUUUGGAUGAUCAUUCUCCCCUUCCUGGCAUAACUGUCGGCGAUAUCGGCACGAAGUUUGGGAAUGGGGCAUACAAUUCAAUGGACAAUGGAUUUCUUAUGUUUGAUCAUGUCCGAGUUCCAAGAGAUCAAAUGCUCAUGAGGCUGUCAAAGGUUACAAGGGAAGGGAAGUACAUGCCAUCAGAUGUUCCAAGGCAACUGGUUUAUGGUACCAUGGUGUUUGUGAGACAAAAAAUCGUGGCUGGUGCUUCCGUUUCUCUCUCUCGGGCAGUUUGUAUAGCUACAAGGUACAGUGCAGUGCGGAGGCAGUUUGGCUCGCAGAAUGGCGGUCGUGAGACACAGGUUAUUGACUAUAAAACUCAGCAGAACAGGCUGUUUCCUUUGCUGGCAUCUGCCUACGCCUUUCGAUUUGUCGGGGAGUGGCUGAAAUGGCUCUACUCUGAUGUAACUCAAAGAUUGCAGGCUAACGAUUUCUCAACACUGCCCGAGGCUCACGCAUGCACUGCUGGACUGAAGUCUCUGACUACCUCUGCCACUGCGGAUGGGAUUGAAGAAUGCCGCAAAUUAUGUGGGGGACAUGGCUACUUGUGGUGCAGUGGGCUCCCUGAACUGUUUGCUGUCUAUGUGCCUGCCUGCACUUAUGAAGGAGACAAUGUCGUGCUUCUCUUACAGGUCGCAAGAUUUCUCAUGAAGACAGUUUCCCAGCUGGGUUCGGGAAAGCCUCCUGUCGGGACUACAGCCUAUAUGGCUCGGGCUGAGCACCUUUUGCGGUGCCGCUCUGGUGUUCAAAGGGCCGAGGACUGGCUAAAGCCUAGUGUGGUAAUGGAGGCCUUCGAAGCAAGGUCUAUCCGAAUGGCUGUUGCUUGUGCAAAAAACCUCGGCAAGUUUGAGAAUCCCGAACAAGGAUUUGCAGAGCUUUCGUCCGAUUUGGUUGAGGCCGCAGUCGCUCACUGCCAGUUGAUUGUUGUUUCAAAGUUUAUCGAGAAACUGAAAGAAGUAAUCCCCGGGAAGGGCGUGAAGAAACAGCUCGAGAACCUCUGUUACGUGUACGCGCUCUACCUUAUGCACAAGCACCUCGGUGAUUUUCUUGGCAUGGGUUGCAUCACUUCCGAGCAAGCCUCUCUCGCCAAUGUUCAGAUUAGAUCCUUGUACUCUCAGGUUCGUCCAAACGCGGUGGCACUGGUCGACGCGUUCAACUACACGGACCAUUACCUGGGCUCAGUGCUCGGCCGCUACGACGGUAACGUUUACCCGAAGCUGUUCGAGGAAGCGUGGAAGGAUCCUCUCAACGACUCCGUCGUUCCCGACGGCUACCAUCAAUACAUCCGACCUCUUCUCAAGCAGCAACUCCACACUGCUAGGCUUUGAAGUUAUGUUUCUUCAAUUACUGCUUGCAGAUAACUUUAUAAUAAAUGUUUUUAAGGCACUUA